UAAUAAAGAGAAAGCAGAGAUAGUUGUUAGUUGAGGAGUGUGAGUCAUUUUCCUUGAACUCAGAGCGUCGGUGAGAUAUCAAACACAACACGUUAUCAUAUUCAUUGUUCUCUUCACUUUCUCAACUUCUAUGUUCUAACUAACCAUUUCUUGCACCUAAACUUAUCAACCUUCAACUUCAUUCUUAGAAGGUCAUGUAAGUAUGGAAGAAUCAGCAUAAUUUGAAGGCUAAUUCUCCUAAUGGAUCAAAAGCAGUGGGAGUGGGGGAAAAAGACAAGGGAGAAAACAAUUUUAGAAACAGACAAAGCAAAUCUUACUUCAUAUGAAAAUGAAGAGGUGCAGGCACUUCUGUCUGAUAAAGAAAAAUUGGAGAAAGAAUUAAAAAGAUUAAAUGAUAAGCUUGUCUUUACACUCUCUGAAUGUAAUGCUAAAGAUGAUUAUAUGAAGAAACAAACAAAAAUUGUUCAAGAAGCAGUGUCAGGAUGGGAGAAAGCAGAAGCUGAAAUGUUGUCAAUGAAGGAACAUCUCGAGGAAUCUAUACACCAGGAACUAAUUUACGAAGAAAGAGUUGCGCAUUUGGAUCGUACUCUCAAGGAAUGUAUGCGGCAGUUGCAUUUUGUUAGAGAGGAACAAGAGCAAAGGAUUUAUGAUGCUGUAAUGAAGGUUUCUGUAGAAUUCGAUCAAGCUCGCGUUGUUUUAGAGGAGCAGCUAUCAGAGAAAAGUAAAAGGCUUGCUAAAACUGUGAUUGAAAAUUCUUAUCUUAACAAAUCUAUUAUCGCGAAAGACAAUUUGAUUGAUGAUCUGAGAAGACAAUUGAAUCAAGCAGACGUGGAUCGUAAUGCAUUGAUGAUUGGAUUAGAGUCUGUUGAGAAGGAUAAUACUUCUCUGAUGUAUGAGGCUCGAGUGCUUCAAAAGGAACUUGAUAUUCGAAAUGAAGUCCAAUUUUCAAGAGUAAUGCUUUCGCAAACAGCGUCAAAACUGUUGCAACUUGAGUCUGAGAUUGAUUCCAAAAACCAAGUAGCAUCGGAGCAGCCUAGAAGUCAUGUUGCAUUGCAAGAGUUAUCUUUGGCAUCAAUGUCUUACAUUGGCAGUGAUGACAAUGUUAGCUGCGGGGAGUCCUUGGCUUCUGCAUUGAUUUCAGAAUCGGAGCGGUUUAAAAGUCCAAAACAUUUGGGAUCAUUGUCAUGCAAAAGUUUUGGACCUUCAGAUAUAAACCUUAUGGAUGAUUUCAUUGAAAUGGAAAAGUUAGCAGUGGUUUCUGUCGAAAAAGCCACUGAAAUUUCUCAUGCUUCUGUAGAAGCAAAUAAUGAAAUAAUUGGCUUCUCAGAGACUAUACUAGAUGAGAUCAGUCCAUUGUCUGAUUCUGAUCAUAUCUCGGAAUUCGCUGCAUCGAAUCCGGAAACAUGUUCCAGUGACAUAUUUAAGGGUAAUAUUCCUGGUUGGUUUCAGGAUGUAGUUAGAGUGGUGUUGGAACAAAAUUGUGUUACUGAUUUUAACCCUGAUGAUGUACUUGAGGAUAUUAAAUUGGCUAUAAAGCACCUGAAUGAUCCAGAUCAACGCGCAUUAGAUUCAGGCAAAGAUUAUUGUCAAUUUGAUCCAUCUAAUGCCGAGACUUCAUUGAUAAAGAGAGCUAGAACACAAUGUCAAAAAGAUCUGAAUAAAUCAAUAGGUAAAAUGAUUGAGCUUAUUGAAGGGAUCAACAUGCCUGUUGACGAUAACGACAAUUCAAAUCCCUUCAUGGUCCGUGCUUUUCAGUGGAAAACAUCCGAUUUCAGGGAUGUCUUACAGAAAUUUCUCAAUAUGUGUUACAGUAUACUGGAUGGCAAGGCUGAUCAUGAAAGAUUUGCCACAGAACUAACUACAACCAUGGAAUGGAUUAUCAAUCACUGCUUUUCGCUUUGGGAUGUUUCAAGUAUGGAGGAUGCCAUCAAAAAGAAAUUUGAUUGGGAUGAGACACAAAGUGAAAAUGAAGCUAAAGUUGGAAUGUGCACAGAUGCAGAAAAGUUGCAAGCGGAUACGAGUCGAUUUCAGGAAUUAGAGAAUACUAUUGCCAACUUAAGAUUGGAGUUGCAAACAUUAAAAGAAUCCAACAGAAGACUUGAAGAUCAAAUACAAAAUGAAAAAUCCUUAAGUAGAUAUCUUGACACUCAGCUUACAGAAACUGAAUUAAAAGAGGCUUAUCACAAGAUUUUAGCAUUAGAAGUGGAAUUGGAGAGCAAGAACCACUUUUGUGAAGAAUUAGAUACAAAAUGUGUUGAACUUCAGCUUCAGCUUGAAAGCACGAAAAGGGCGCGCUCAAAUGGUUACGUUAAUCAGAAAAAUGAGCUGGUGCGAAAUGAAUGGGAGAUAACAGCUGCUUCAGAGAAAUUGGCAGAGUGUCAAGAAACCAUCCUUAACCUUGAGAAGCAGUUGAAGGCAAUUGCUGCAACAACAGAUGUGUCAAUUUUCAACAACAUUAUUGCCGCUCAUCGUCGUCCUAUAAUUACAAACACAACUAGUGUUAGUGUUCCCUUAAAAGACAAGGUGAAAAAUCGACCGUCCCUAUUGGAUCAAAUGCUUGCUGAAGAUGAAGCAAAAGCCAAGUUUUGUAAAACAAGCGAAAGAAAUUUUAUACAGCCACUUGAAAAGAUCGUAGUUUUGAAAGGAUUAAAAGGCCGUGAUGACGAUGUUAAUGUCAAUUCUUUGGCCAUUUUACCUGCCAAGAAAUAUGGACGAUUAAGCUUGUGGAAAAGGAUGCUAGGGACAAGAACAAAGCCGAAACGAAAACAAGUGUAUCAGUUUAACAAGUGAAAUGCAGUGUGAGUUUAGUUGAAAACUUUCUGAGAGCGAAAAACACUUGCAUCUAACAUUGGUGUAAUUUGUAACAGAGAGAGGUGAGGAAUGUUUGUGUGUUUUUCUCUUCACUCUUGUGUAUACGGCUGAAUAAACUACUGAAAAAUAAAAUUCAUGUUAUUAAUAAUGUAAUGCAAUGCAACAUUGUUGUUCUUAGA